AUGACAUUCCAACAAGACGCAAAGCUGUUCGAUGUGCUCGCCAUGGGUUACCAUCUCAACACCCAACUCCAGGCAUUGCUCGGCCGUCCCCUGGAUAGCCUCGGCCAGCAGAAGGUCAUGGCGUUCAGCCAAGAGCUCUCGCGAGUGUUCGAGAAACUUUGCUUGCUUGGUUGUGGACUGUGUUUGGAUUGCUUAAUCACGAAUAUUCACCGUGCUGUUGCUAGGAGUGAUAGUGGAGAAGUGCUUACUCCCGUCAAGAAGAGUAGAGAAGAGGGGGUUACUAGGAAGGAGAUUACGGCCUCGCCAUACAACGAUGGUUACGAGUGGCGGAAAUACGGGCAAAAGAACAUUCAGAACUGCAAUUUCGUGAGGUACUACUUCAGGUGCAGCCGCGACCGGCGUUGCGAAGCCAAGAAGAAGGUGCAGCAGCAGGACGGCAGCCGGGGCCAGCAGCUGCCUCCCAUGUUCGAGGUCACCUACGUGAACGAGCACACGUGCCAUGUGCUCCGCGCCAUUGCCAACGGCGACGCUGCUAGGAUGGCGGCGUCUCCCCGGACCACGAACCCGUACCGCGACCUCGGGGUCGUGGACACCGCGAGAGACGGCGGCGGCGGCGUCCCGUUCGACGAUCUGUCGUCGUCGUUUCCUCGCAUCGGCGGCGGCAGCGGCAGCGCCCAAGAGAACGAGACCAUCGUCUCGUGCCUCGCGGACGUCAUCCGCGGAGCCGCGCCGUCGCCGUUGCCGUCCCCGUGGCCGCCAGCAGCCGAAGCGGGCGCAAGAGAUCCUGCUGCAGCGUCGUACGUGCCACCGCCGAUGCAGGCCUCCGCCGGACACUCGGCGAGCGUGGGCGUCGCGGAAGAUGGUGGGGCGAUGACGACGACGACGACGAUGAUGAUCGACGACACGGACUUUUGCUGGGAUCCCUCGUCGUUUUGUGCGGUGGGGGAGGCCGAUCAGGAUCAGCUGAUGAUGGACCACCGCGACAUGCACGUGGAUGUGGCCCGGCUCGCGGACACGGUGUGGCCGCGGCACACCUCCGCGGGUGCUUGGCGUUGA